GUCUGUUCGGACACACACCCAACUGGAUGCCAGGCCUCUUAGGAGUUAUGUUUCAGUGACCUGCUCCCUCUUGGCGGACGCCGGCAGCUCGCUGCUGGCGUUCGGUGACAGAGGUUACUGACCAUGAUGUGCAUGGGAGCGAGAGGGGCGAAAUGUCUGGUAGGCGGGUCGCCGCUGCGAUCGCUGCUCAGGUUGUCGCUUCGGCUCUCUGACCGGCCUCGCGAGACCCGCCAUGUCCAGGCUCUUCGCCGUUUGCAGUCGGGCCUUGCUGAGCUGAGGACGCUCAUAGUAAGAGGAGGCUUAGCGUGGCCUGGCUGCGGACGCGGAGGGUGGGUGCGGUGUCCAUUGCGAGCGAAGUGUCACGCUUCCGACGCUUUGGGCUCUCCUCUUCUGGAAGAGGGUCGAUCGUGGAGGUGCUUGAUGCUGCCGCUCGCUGCCGGGGAGCGCGACUUCCAAGACCGCCGCUUUCGGAGCUGGCGAUGGAGGUCCGUGGCACUCUGGUUGAGCGCAAAAACCCCGCUCAUAGCUGGCUGCCUCGGUUGGCGGGCGGUUUAUGGGCUGCACUCAACCUUGCAGACGAACUUUUUGGAACCCUGUCGCGAGUCUAUGCGGGCUUGCGAUAUUCUAUCGGACGCUGCGAAACGCUUCAAUCCCUAUACGUGGUGCGUGGUCCGUUAUAUCCCGUCAUGCUGAACACUCGAUAGGCAGGUAGUCGACGCUAUGGUCGCCGACGAAGCUGUCGGAUAGACAGCCUGGUUGGUGGGCGCGAGGUCUGACGUUUCCAAGCUCUGGACGUGUUCAGCGGUUUGUGGUGCCGCGCUGAUGGUGGGCUGCCUGCUCGUGAAUGCACACUGAUAACUGCAAUGCA